GGGCCGGCGGCGCUGACCCGGAUGUUCACUGCCGGGCGGCGGCGGAAGCGGACGGGCCGCGGCGUCGAAGCGACAGGGACGGACCGGGAGGCGCCGCCGUUCUACCGCCCCGCGCACCCGCCCAGCCGACAUGAGUGACCAGCAGCUGGAUUGUGCCUUGGAUUUGAUGAGGCGCCUGCCUCCGCAGCAGAUAGAGAAGAAUCUCAGUGACCUCAUUGACUUGGUCCCCAGCCUGUGUGAAGAUCUCCUCUCCUCUGUGGAUCAGCCCUUGAAGAUUGCACGGGACAAGGUGGUAGGGAAAGAUUAUCUAUUGUGUGACUACAACAGAGAUGGGGACUCGUACAGGUCACCGUGGAGCAACAAGUACGACCCUCCCCUGGAGGACGGUGCCAUGCCCUCGGCUCGCCUGCGCAAGCUGGAGGUGGAAGCCAACAAUGCCUUCGACCAGUACAGAGACUUGUAUUUUGAAGGUGGAGUCUCCUCUGUCUACCUCUGGGAUCUGGAUCAUGGCUUUGCCGGGGUGAUCCUCAUUAAGAAGGCUGGAGAUGGAUCAAAGAAGAUUAAGGGAUGCUGGGAUUCCAUCCACGUGGUGGAGGUUCAGGAGAAGUCCAGUGGCCGCACUGCCCAUUACAAGCUGACCUCCACGGUGAUGCUGUGGCUGCAGACCAACAAAACCGGCUCUGGCACCAUGAACCUGGGGGGGAGCCUCACCAGACAGAUGGAGAAGGACGAGACCGUGAGCGACUCCUCUCCGCACAUAGCCAAUAUCGGGCGCUUGGUAGAGGACAUGGAGAACAAAAUCAGAAGUACGCUGAAUGAGAUUUAUUUUGGAAAAACGAAGGACAUCGUUAAUGGGCUGAGAUCUAUCGAUGCUAUUCCCGACAACCAAAAGUAUAAGCAGUUGCAGAGGGAACUUUCUCAAGUGUUGACCCAGCGCCAGAUCUACAUCCAGCCUGAUAACUAAACCAAUCCAGGUCUGUGCAGACUUUUGCGGACAAAUCAAAACAAGAAGCUCUUAAAAACGACCUGGUGGAGGCUUUGAAGAGAAAGCAGCAAAGUUAAAAGUCCUGUCUGUGCUAACCAGCCAUGCCAUGCACUCGUUAGAUUCCUUUCGUAGAGAAUCAUCCCCCUGCCCUUUUCUGUUGGUCACAUCACGAUUUGCAUCCAAUACUCUCCAUGCAGCGCCAUCCUCUCCCCAUGAAUAAAGCUGUACAAACUUUUUCAG